ACCACGGAUGGGGCGGGGCCGAUGGGCUCGCCUCCCUCCCGGCGUCGAUGCGGCGACGUGUCGAGGCCCGUGCGUGGCGCGUUCAACCUCCGUGGGCCGUCUGAUUCAAAAGGUCAGUCGCGCGCGACGAUACCUGCCUCCAGCGCUUGUCGGCGGAGGAUGCGAACUGAGAUAGGAGGGAGGAAGCGGGGACGGAGCAUGCGGGAAGGAUGGGCUCUUGGUCUGCUAGAGGAAUGUUGCUCCUCGAGCCCAACGGCGCGCAUGCCCGCGUCCCCCUCGGCGUCGAAAUGGCUCGCUGCUGCUGGCCAAUAA